AUGCCAGCUGCCACUCAACUAACAAUGGGCCAGAAGCUUCAAAAAGAAACACAGAAGAGAGUGUCAAAAAAUGAGCGAGCCAAGAAGGGAUACAGUGAAUUGCCAACGGAGGAGCGACAAAAGCUCAAUAAAGAAAAGUAUGCGAGAAAGCGAUAGGCGUAACGCCAGCCGACUCCGGGGGAGCAACGCCAAAUCGAGGAGGAGAAGGCAAAAGCUGCCGAAGAGAGGGACUCAAGAAAAACGAAACCGAGAGAAAUCGGCGAGCUCAAAUGAGCCAAGGAGGAGGUGAAAAAGGAUAGAAAAGAAAAGGAUGCAAGAGAGAAAGCCGAGCUCGAGCUCUACAAGGCUUCCAUCAAGCCUUGA